AUGUCGAAUGUGACGGUGCUCAGGUGCUGGCCAGCAUGCGUUGAUGCGAUUGACUGGUCCCCAGAUGGCAUUAUUGCACUAGCAUCUGACGAACGUGUGGAGCUGCUUUUUCCGAAUACCGUCGAAUUCGAUAGGGACCAAGUCCUUCCACAGUGGCAACAUGUUCCUCUCAAGGUACCUCUUUUCUCAACUGAUGAGCUGCCACUCAAAGAACUGGCGCCACUAUCCAACUACUCUAUUGGCGAGGAAAUAUCCAAUAGCGCUCCUCUCAGCAUCGCGUGGUCACCGCAGGGUCUUGCAAAGCAUCGGAAGUGCGCUCUUGGCGUUCUUACCGCGAACCUGACUCUCUCUAUCUGGUCAGCCGAAGGUAAGCCGCAAGAUGAAUCAAGCUGGUCCCGGCGCCUCAUCAUUAAUGAUGCGCUCGCUGAGCAUUUUAGCGGCUGCGACGACGAACCUAGCCACUUGACGGUAUCACCCAAAGAACAGCUGCGCUUGAGAAGCCGCAUUCGGGCGUUUGCAUGGGCACCUGCUCUGCCUCUGUCCGAAACAAGUGGAAUUGUCGGGACUAGUUUCAUGUACUCUCGACACUUUCUAGCUGUGUCCAAUGACGACAACCACUUGGUUUUUGUGGCAGUCGAAUCACCCACUUCUACUCUAGGGGUUGGGCGGUAUUGGACAACGGAGGUCCUAACUCAUGAGUCGUUGACGUCAAACCCAGAUAGUAUCUUUUCGGAACCACGUGUGUUUGAAGAUGUGAUGAAACAACAGCGGUACAUAUCUCAUAUUGCCUGGAGUCCAUGGAUUCUAUUUGACGAUGGCCACCGUUCGGUGGUUGUGUACGCAACGAAUGAAGACGUGCGGGCAAGAGUCAUUAAGCAUCAGUCUGAUGGCAUAUACACGGAGAGGGAAGUCGUGUACCCUGGAUGCGAGCUGCGAUACCAAGGCCCAAUGAAGUGGUCGCCUAGGAUUGAGGACGGAAAUCGGCUCAAACUCGCCCUUUUUACAAAUUCUGGGCUCGUCUGUCUUACCAUAUCUGCCUACGACGGUUCGAUUGUUGAGACAAAGACCCACAAUCUUGACGGGCGAUGGGACCAGAUUUCCGGUGUAGUGUGGGAUACUCCUGAUGACUCGACAUGUCGUUUACAUCUAAGCUCACUGCUUUCGACUCUGCACAAUCAAACAUCUGCCCUUGAGAUAUCUCCGGAGGGGUUCAAAAGCCUUGGUAAUCCAAGCUGGCGAGAGAAGAUUGAAAAUAGCAUUGCACUAUUCAGCGUUAAGAAUGGGCUCAAGGGCAACAGCAAGGCCAAAGUUUGGGGCUUGUCCAAAUCUCCACUGGGCGAUUUCAUUGCAGCGUGCAAUAGCGUGCAUCCGUCCAACAUGAUCGAGUAUGGUAUACCUGCAGAUAGGAGUGGGACGGUUGCCAUUAGUUCUUUGCGGAAUAGCAGCGAGGAGCGGGAGGCUUUCCCCAAAGCAAAUGUCAGCGCAGAGGGGGUUAGCUAUACGAUCCGAAAGCUGGCAGAGAACAUGGUUGAGGAUCAGGACGACAUGCCUGCGUUUGCUGAGGAGGUUGUGCAAAAGCUUACGAGGGCGUAUCCAGCUCCCCGCGUCGCCGAAGAUUAUGCAGACAGGGUUCGUCUGUAUGCUGACGCAGGCGAUUUGAACUCACUGAUCAAAGCUUUCAAGGCGACGGCCUUUCUCAACUCGCAUACACUCAAAGACCGGUAUACGAUACUCGUCUCACAAGCCUGCAAGAUCGGGGUGUCACAUGAGCUUGAGAGAACGCUGAUAGGGUAUCGUCUUGCCAAUGCAGUGCACAACCUUCCAGCGUCACUUGUGAAUUCAACCUUGAGCGCGGAGAUAGUGGCUCAGCAUGAACAGCUCAUCAAACUUGUCAAUGCGGUCAUGGGAUAUGGCUCUUCAGAGAAUGAGAAUUGCGCAGAGUCCGGUGCCUCAAGUACUGAUGAGUCUCGAACGGUCAGUACUGAGAUAAACGGUAAUGCCAAUAAUUCGCGACAAGAGGGUGCCGCCGCGUGGGAGGAAGGAUGCGAAUUUUGCUCUGCUUCGAUACCAUUCACCGACUUGGCGUCAGCCUCAUGCACGAACGGACAUCAAUUUGCAAGAUGCGGAUUGAGUUUCCUUGCUAUGCAAGCACCUGGUAUUACGAAGUACUGUGGUAUUUGCAACACGCCAUUCUUGAGCGACGAAUACGUGAUAGUUCAGGAGAGUGUGGAAGACAAGGACAAAGAUGCUGCAGAGGACAGUGCCAUGAAAGAAGUGGGCAGAUCGCAAAAUAGAGGAGAAGAAGAGGGACUGAAGCAGUGCAAUGGUGUCAGUCGAGAAGAGGACAAAGAUGGCGAAGGAGAUGGGAGCGGUGAAGAAGAUGGGGAAAUGGAGGAGGAUGAAGAGGAAGAGGAAGAAAGGGAGCUCGCUGUUACACUGGGGCGGGUGCUGUUCCUCGCCUGCGAUGCUUGUGUCUACUGCGGGGGUAAAUUUGACGGCUGA